UCAAAAAUACAACACCCAGGAUCUUCAGACCUUCGAGUUAAAGGUUACGCGCUAUAUAAUCUACAUUCCCCGUUUUUCAUACUAAGCUUGACAAAAAAAUGGCGUAGAUGUUUUUUUCUAUCGUUAUGGGGUUUUUUUCAUUAUUAUUAGGCCCGUUCACGGACAGACUGUGUGACUGCGCGUCCCCUUUUUUCCCGGCGUUAACCGUAUCGUAUAGCCUAGCUUAGGCCCAGCCGUGCGACUCCUCAUCCGGAACCAGAUCCCGAGUUGUGCGUGCGUGUGUGCGUGUGCGUGUGUGUGUGUGUGGUCCCCCCCCCAUCCUCCAUAAAAAAUGAUGGAGCUUCAGAUAGACGAGGUCGUCUACCAGGACGACUACGGCUCCGUGUCCGUGAUGUCGGAGCGGGUGUCGGGCCUGGCCAACUCCAUCUACCGGGAGUUCGAGAGGCUGAUCCGCAGCUACGACGAGGAGGUGGUGAAGGAGCUGAUGCCGCUGGUGGUGAACGUGCUGGAGAACCUGGACGCGGUUCUGACGGAGAACCAGGAGCACGAAGUGGAGCUGGAGCUCCUGAAGGAGGACAACGAGCAGCUCAUCACCCAGUACGAGAGGGAGAAAGCGCUGCGCAAGCAAGCGGAGGAGAAAUUCAUCGAGUUUGAGGAUGCUCUGGAGGCUGAGAAGAAGGAGCUGCAGAUGCAGGUGGAGUGUCUGGAGCUGCAGGGGAAACAGAUGGAGCUCAAGAACAAGAACUAUGUUGACCAGAUAUCUCGGCUGGAGGAGCGAGAGUCGGACAUGAAGAAAGAGUACAACGCCCUGCACCAGCGUCACACCGAGAUGAUUCAGACCUAUGUGGAGUACAUAGAGCGAUCCAAAAUGCAACAGGCAGGAAGCAACAACCAGUCAGAAGGCCCAGGCUGUGGACGGACCAAAGCGGAGCGUCCGCCGUCGUUGAGCCUGUACCCCAGCGGAGAGGGCAUGGUACGUGGGGGUCUCGGGGGGGCUAGGAUGAUGCCCGGGAAAGACACCUGGCAGGUCGGCGAGCUCGGCCAGCCCAACUACGGCUCCAGCUAUCAGGAGGAUGGCUCCGAGUCGGACUCCGUGGCGGCCACGCCAAGCAGCACAGGGAGCAAGUCCAACACGCCCACCUCCUCCGUCCCCUCCGCCUCAGUCACCCCCCUCAACGAGGGCUUCCAGCCACAUUCCGAGUUUGAUGCAACGCGGGCAGGGAACCAUAGGAAAAACGCCAAGCGGCUCAGUCGGAACAUGGAGGUGCAAGUUUGCCAGGAAACCAGGAACGUCAGCAUUGGUAUGGGUAGCAGCGAUGAAUGGUCCGAGUUUCAUGAGAUCAUCGAUUCCACGCCCGAGCUGGACAUGUGUGUGGACCCCCGUGUCUAUGGAGGAGGAAACAGCCCCUCGCAGGGUAUCGUGAACGAGGCCUUCGGCAUCAAUACAGACUCGCUCUAUCACGAGAUCAAAGACGCCAAGUCGGACAUCAUCGGCGAUGUGGACGCGGGAGCCGAGCUUCUAGGGGAGUUCUCAGGGAUGGGCAAGGAGGUCGAGAACCUGCUGACGGAGAACAAACAACUCCUAGAGACCAAAAACGCUUUGAACAUCGUGAAGAACGACCUUAUUGCCAAAGUGGACGAGCUCUCUGGGGAGCAGGAGGUGCUGAAGGAGGAGCUGGAGGCAGUGAGGCAGUCGAAGAACAAAGUGGAUACCAGAGUCAAGGAGCUGGAGGAGGAGCUUAAGAGGAUAAGAGCCGAGGCUCUGGGAGCAUCUCAGGACUCCAAGGACGAGGGAGGUGAUGAUUAUUCAUCACCCAUGCAAGAUGGCGACAUGACCAUGACACAGCGGCGGCGGUUCACCAGGGUGGAGAUGGCCCGUGUGCUGAUGGAGAGGAACCAGUACAAGGAGCGGUUGAUGGAGCUGCAGGAGGCCGUACGGUGGACAGAGAUGAUCAGGGCGUCCCGGGAGAGUCCUCCGAUCCAGGAGAAAAAGAAGUCCACCAUCUGGCAGUUCUUUGCCCGUCUUUUCAGCUCAUCGUCCAGCCCUCCUCCGGUGAAGCGGCCCUACUACAGUGUCAACAUCCACUACAAGUCGCCCUCACCGGCCGGCUUCCCCCAGCGCCGCAGCCACACCAUGUGCCAGAUCUCCACCUCCAAUCGCACACUCGAGUUCUUCCCCGAAGAUGACUCAGCACUGUCAGCCCGCCGUGAGCAGCGGCGCGAGCAGUACCGGCAGGUCCGCGAGCAUAUGCGUCGCGACGACGGCAUCAUGCAGGCCUGCGGCUGGAGUGUGCCAUCUCGUUUCAAACAGACUGGUGGUCAGACGGACAGCGCUCAGGACGGCCUGGUGAAGAGACAACAGACGGCCAACGAGAAAGAGGAUAACCGCAUGAAGAACGUACCGGUUCCUGUGUACUGUCGCCCCUUGGUGGAGAAGGAUCCCAACAGGAAGUUAUGGUGUGCAGCAGGGGUGGACUUGACGGGAUGGAAGGCUUGCACCCAGGAGUCGGUACAAGCCAAGGCCACAUCCGGCAGUGUUGACCCUCUUACCACUGAAGAGGAAGGAGGCGACAUGAAGAGCAACCAUAAUUCCCCGGAGAAGAGGAAGUCUAAGGAGCUACAGGAAACAGACACCAUGAGCAGCCGGGUAUGGAUCCUUACCAGUACACACUCCGCCAGCAAGGUGGUCAUUAUCGACGCUAACCAGCCUGGCUCACUGGUGGACCAGUUCAACGUCUGCAACGCCCAUGUGCUCUGCAUCUCAAGUGUGCCAGCUGCCAGUGAGAGCGACUACCCAGCUGGAGAGAUAGUGCUGGAUCCAGGCGAUGGCGGAACCGGAGGGGGCGAGGAGACCGGUGGCGUGGAAGGUAUGUUGGCUGGCAUCACUCUAGUGGGCUGUGCCACCAACUGCAGUGUGGCUCGCAGCAACUGCUCCUCGCGCACAGACACCCCUAUACUGGACAAAGGACAAGCCCCAGUUGCUCCACCUAUGAAUGGUAAGCUGCACCCCGCCCAGUCGGCUGAGGAAGCCACUGAGGCCACUGAGGUCCCCGAGACGGUAGCUAGCCACCCAGAGGCAGGGUCCGGACCCCUGGGACCGUUCACUGAACAUGUCUUCACUGACCCCCACCCUCGCUCAGUUGACACCACGGAUCGGUAUUCAAGCCACCCUUUACACAGAACCUUCACAGGCCAAGCCAAAGAGGAGGCAACUCUUCCCCAGGAGGCUGAGGAUGGAGGUGACGAAGCCAAAAACUGCACCAGCGUAGCCCCCACUAUGUGGCUGGGGGCCCAGAACGGCUGGCUCUACGUCCACUCAGCAGUAGGAAACUGGAAGAAGUGUCUCCACUCCAUCAAACUCAAAGACUCUGUGCUCAGCCUCGUGCAUGUGAAGGGCCGCGUGCUGGUUGCCCUCGCUGAUGGGACCCUCGCCAUAUUCCACAGAUCGGAGGAUGGUCAGUGGGAUUUGUCCAACUACCAUCUGAUGGAUCUUGGCCGGCCUCAUCACUCAAUCCGCUGCAUGGCUGUGGUUCAUGACAAAGUGUGGUGUGGCUACAAGAACAAGAUCCACGUCAUCCAGCCCAAGAGCAUGCAGAUCGAGAAGUCAUUCGACGCGCACCCUCGCCGGGAGAGUCAGGUGCGGCAGCUGGCGUGGAUCGGUGACGGCGUGUGGGUGUCUAUCCGACUGGACUCUACGCUGCGUCUCUACCAUGCGCUCACGCACCAGCACCUCCAGGAUGUGGACAUCGAGCCCUACGUCAGCAAGAUGCUCGGUACUGGCAAGCUGGGCUUCUCCUUUGUGCGAAUCACAGCACUUCUGAUCGGUGGCAAUCGCCUCUGGGUGGGGACUGGAAACGGUGUGGUCAUCUCCAUCCCACUAACAGAGACCAAUAAGGUGUCUCCGACGUCCUCUGGAGGCGUGAUCCACGUGUACGGAGACGACAGCUCCGAGAAGAGCAGUGGCAGCUUCAUCCCCUACUGCUCGAUGGCCCAGGCCCAGCUCUGUUUCCAUGGACACCGGGAUGCUGUCAAGUUCUUUGUCUCUGUGCCAGGCAACGUUCUGGCCACCCUAAACGGCAGUGUGCUGGACAGUCCAUCAGAGGGGCAGGGCUCCACAGCACCCCCGGAGGCAGAGGCCCAAAGUGUUCACAACGUGUUGGUGCUCAGUGGCGGAGAGGGCUACAUCGAUUUCCGCAUAGGCGAUGGAGAAGACGACGAGACCGAGGAAGGGGAGAACGGCGAUACCCCACCAAUGAAACCUGCCCUGUGUAAAGCCGAGCGGAGCCACAUCAUAGUAUGGCAGGUGUCCUACGUCCCCGAGUGACACCUGUGUCAACUCCUACCCCUUCUACCUACUCGUCACCUUGAAGAAAUCCACCCCACGCUCCUAACCGCCCCAAAACUUGUAUCAAUUCCUGGUUAUGUAAAAGUUCUCCCUCGACUCUAAAAUGACCCUCCAAGCUCUGUAUUUACCCUUGUAACUAUUAUUACCCCCCCUCCCACACGCCUUGUAACUAUCAUUAUUGCCUUGUAAGUACCUAUAGCCUGCCAUCCUAUUUCUAUCCCAUCCAGACCAUUGUAACUAUCUCCCCGAGUCUUGUAACCCAGCCUCAUAACUACCUCCCUCCUCUGUAUCUAUCUUGUAUCUACCCUGUAAGUACACUGUACCUUAUAUUUACCUCAAAUGUCCCGCAUCUGCCCCAGUUACUCCUCUUGUUCCUUCAUUUAAGGUUUGUCCUCCUUAAAACCUUCCAUCCCGUUUUAAGGCGUAACCCAGAGCUCCAACCCCUUGCCGUGCAUCAGUUAAACCAGUAAAACGGGAACGAGAACUUGGAACGACAACACGUACUUACAAUGCCGCCAGAAUACAGUUUCCCCGAUUUUCUGGAGGCAGCCACUCCCGUUUUCCAAAUCUAUCCACGCUUUGACCUCCCGAGAGUGACCCCCUUUGCUUCCGCGCAACAUGGAGCCUGAAUGAACGAGGCGAGACAAGGGAUCGGUGGUAAAACGCAGUCUUUUGAGAAUUUCGGCUGCUCAUUGACAGGGUGAACACCAAUAUGUCAGACAGUCUUCGGAAAGACGGAUGUGAAUUCGGUUUAACUGCAUUGCUUAAAACAACAAAUUUGGUUGAACGGAGAAAAUUGGUUAAAGAUCGUUGACAUUUUGAGAACAAGUGGAGGAUUAUAUAAAAAGCCAACUCGGAACAAAUACAAAUCUAGCAUGCCAACUUCAGUGCAGUAGCAUGAGAGCCCCCCGGGCCUCAACAACCACGACCCCUUGGUUGCACCCGGGCGGACAAGUCACGGCUGUCCGCUCUCCCAUCUCAAUCCAACAAACUUCUUAAGUACACGAAUGACAAAUCUGCAUGUGGAUUAGUGAACGGGUUGCAAGUCGGCACGUCACGUUUGCUCAUUUUCCGCCCUUUCGAGUCCAGUUUAGGCGAAUCAGACUCUUGUCCAAUCGGGACGUACACGCAGUUCGCUACAAACUAAAGGUUGACGGGGAAAAAAAAAAAUCCAAAACGCAACAACGCCCCCCGUGACGUGCAAUGUUAGGAGAGGGGUUGUUGGAAAUCCUAAAGCAGGUACAGGGAGCAGAGCUGAAACCAAAGUGUUGAGGAGGAGAACGUUUUCAUCGACGGUAGAAAAAAGUCCAAAUGACAAGAAGCACUCGUGAGCUGACCGGCUCCUGUCGUUACUUCCCCCACCCUCUCAUCGACUGGCUGUGUUGUCGGGCGGACAGUUAAGUGUUGAUGGUGGUGUGUUGCCAAUAUGACACCAGUGUACAGGGUUAUUGUAAAUCUCCAGACACAAUGAAGCUCAUCCCCAUUGUUCAGUAUGGAAACUCAUAUGUUGAUCUGUGUGGAUUAAAUAUUAAAAAUAUUUGUG